ACGCUAAAAACUAUUGUUUUUGAUGGAUUCAGAUUAAAAAUACCCAGCAUUCAGUCAGUUUGCAGCAGCUACGGUGUAGCGGCACCCAGAAGUGAACAAAGCGACCCGGAAGCGCUGAACCAAUUGGAGGCAGGCAGAAAGAACAUCAACAUUUCAUAAAGCAAGACAAAAUCUGCAAUCGGGACAUCAGGAUGGCUGAGCCUCGAUUCAACAACCCCUACUUCUGGCCUCCGCCUCCUUCCAUGCCUGGCCAGCUGGAUAACCUGGUGCUCAUCAACAAGAUCAAGGAGCAGCUGAUGGCUGAGAAGAUCCGACCCCUGCACCUGCCGACCAAUUCAGCCCCCUCCCAGCAAACCCUGCUGGUGGCCUCCUCCCCCUUGGACGGGGGGCAGCACAGCAUGCRCAUGCCCAAGCCCCAGCAGGGCCAGCAUCACCCCCAGGGCUCGGUCCAGCAGCCCGACAUCGCCCUGCAUGCCCGCACAGCCUCCAGCUCUGUACCAGUGAUGGAUGACAAGUCAGCAGUGAAGGUUAAAGGACUGUGGGAUGAGUGGCACAUGCGACAGAUCGUUGAGCAGCCCUCUAGAGUCAACCAUCGGUCAGUCUUCAUGUGCCCAUACACAGGUCUGGCCCCUAUGUCCCGGCUGGACAGCCACAGCACUUCAGAGGCCCUCACCCCCACCUCCAGCAGCCAGAACCGACUGGGAGGGACCCCAUCAAUCAACAUCAUCUCUGGGCUGGCCAGCGGCCCUGGCAUGGAACAGAUAAAGAGCGGGGGCCUGGCCGGACUCCUCGGCCCACCACCCAAGACUCCCCGUGGGCGGAAGAAGAUCAAAGCGGAGAGUGGAGGGCCUCUGCUGGUGGUGCCCUACCCCAUCAUGGCCUCUGGCGCCGACCUGGGCUGUGUAACCUUCCCUGCCAAAGAGGGCAAAACCUACAGAUGCAAACUGUGUCCGCUCACCUUCAUGUCAAAGUCAGAGAUGCAGAUCCACUCCAAGUCCCACACGGAGGCCAAGCCCCACAAGUGUCCCCACUGCUCCAAGUCCUUUGCRAACGCAUCCUACCUGGCCCAGCACCUCCGCAUCCACCUGGGAAUCAAGCCCUACCACUGCUCCUACUGCGAGAACUCCUUCCGCCAACUCUCGCACCUGCAGCAGCACACCAGAAUCCAUACUGGUGACAGACCCUAUAAAUGCGCGGCCCCUGGAUGUGAAAAGGCCUUUACCCAGCUCUCUAACCUCCAGUCCCACCAGAGGCAGCACAACAAAGACAAGCCGUACAAAUGUCCCAACUGCUACCGUGCCUACUCAGAUUCAGCAUCGUUACAGAUCCACCUGUCAGCGCACGCCAUCAAAAAUGCUAAGGCGUACUGCUGCAACAUGUGUGGCCGGGCAUACACCUCAGAGACCUACCUUAUGAAGCACAUGUCCAAACACACGGUAGUGGAGCACCUAGUGAGCCAUCAGUCCCCCCAGAGGAAUGAAUCCCCCAGUAUCCCAAUACGCAUCUCUCUCAUCUGAGUUUAGCAUUACUGUAUGUUGUUGUAUUGUUUUCUAUGGAAGGCUGACGUUUAGGGGCCCUGCACAUAAGGCCUACAUAUGCAUCACAUGACACCUGACAUACAUUUACAAACCCUUGUUCCAUUUUUACACAGAUUGGGUCGGUUAAAAUAAAAACGAGCAUAGCAUCUUCUUUGCAAAGGUUUAUGUCAAUGGGAACAAAUGUCGGAUCAUGUCUCGUGUUGGAUACAACUGAGCACUUACGAAGGCUUUAUGCAAACGGUCUUAUGCAUUGGCCCUUAACAUUUUAAUGUACAAAAAAAUGAUUCCAUUAAAUGUUAUUUUUUUCUUUCAAUAUUUUCCCCUAUACCUAAACUAAAUGGAUUCAUAUUUUCUGGGUGUGUUCUGGCGACAUCCAAAGAUAAUCUUAAAGCGCUCUCAGGCCUUGUGGUUUUGGAWCCAAAUGUUUUUCUAUCUUUUCCGAUGGAAAUGCAAAAAGAUUACUUGAGGCAGCUAAGAGUAUUGACUGUGUCUAAUCAAAAGUCUGAUGUUUUUUGGUUAUUUUUUUUGUUCAAGCAAAGUUUACAGGGUCAGACUUCAAAAGCAGCAUUUUAGAGAAAAGCAAUUGGAACUAUGUAGACAAUUCGAUUGUAAGGUUGUUUCUCUUGGAGGAAUGGUGAAACAAAGUGCACCAAAAUGUUUAAAAAAAAGUAAUGAAUGUUUACUGUUUCGUCAAGAUCAGUUCAAUUGUUAUGGUUAAUGGAAUCAAGAUCAUAUGGGUUAUAUGAUCAGACACUAAUUAAAUCAACUGAACUGUUCAAAUCAACAGAACUUUUCAGACGUUUUCCUUGUGGCCAGGUAUUACAUAUGUGAGUUGCUGGCUUUGCACCUACGUGGCUUUGCACCUACGUAGGCUUUGCACCUACGCUAGUCAAGAUUCAUUGGGAAAGCAAGUUAACAUUAGCUAGUGCGUCAGCUUUAUGGCUUUACUUGGCACUGCCCUCAAUAGGCCUACACAAAGCUAUCAAGAUGAGCAUUACAKAUGUUAUGAACAGUCAUGUCAGCUUUUGUCAAGUAACUUCUGAUGGUUAUCAUAACAUAACACAAGCUGUUGUUAGCAAAGGUGAUAGAAAAGGAGAGUAAUGCUUUCUGUCAUGAUAGUUCUAACUCACAACAGCUUAUGUUGACAAGUUGGUAAUGUGGUUAGGUCUAUAUUACUAGAGUAACUACAUUUCUAUUCUGAAUAUAUUUAGAGAAAUAUAUAGCUAACAUACAUUUAUUGGAGGUGAAAUAUUUAGUAUUUUUAUUGACUUCUACUUUGUUAUACUCUCACUGGUGUCACAUUACACUUCACAAUCAUAUCACCAAGUCAAGUUAAAGCUAUUUCCCASCCUGGUUACAGAGGCCUGUGCUGCUUUUUUGAAAAAAAGGCAAUUACAUAGUUUAAACAUGACAAUGAUAUUUGAAAGUACACGGUUGGACCAAAUAGUUAGCCAAUAUUAACCCUAAUCCUACUACAUUCAGGAUUGUUUUAUCUUGAUUUGUGAAACUCAUUCUCAACAGGUUUACAUUUUAACGUGCAGUCAGUAUGAGUUUGUUCAAACCAUAUAACUUCAUAUGAUGGUAGUGUUACUGCAAGUGUUUCUUUCAUCAUGGUAUGCACACAGUAUUGUUGUAUUUUUACUGUAAUUUUACCUUCUGGAUGGUACUAGUAGCCUGUAUUCUUCAGGUUAGGACAAGGUGCUAAGGCUAGAUGUUUAUUUGAGAUGGAACUGAGAAUAUUGUUAAAUACAUUCAUAGUUUGUUUAAAAAAAAAUACAAUACAAGCCACUGGCCUGGAAAUAAACAUUUAUGCCAACAGACUCUGCCACUUCAAUUUACUCUCUUCCGAGAAAAAAAUUGGUCAAUGUACCGUUUCAUAACGGUUUUGUACAGGUAUGUUUAUGUAUGAACUUACUGUAAUGAUUUGUAUUWCUGAAUAUUGAUACUUUUUAUAAAUAUUCAUGUUUUAUAUCAGUUAUUUACGUAUAAGCCUUAACAAUUUUAUUAUUGAACUACCAUUUUAUUUCCAUAUUCAGUAUUGUGUUCUUCAGUAUUUGGUCUUGUAAACAUUUUUAUUUUUCCGGAUGGAAUAUCCAAACUGUAAUCUGUAUAUGAAUUAACUGUUAACCUAUAUUCUCUAUGAAAAGAUAGUGCAGAUUUAUUACACCUUUUCUUGUCUUGCUUUGUGAUUUCAUAUAAAGUUUCUAGACAACUUAAUAUGCACACACAAGACAGAAGUAAAACUAAGAAUAUCAAUGUUUAAAAAAUAAAAAUAUCUUUACCUUGUUUAAUAAACAGACUGUUAUAAACACA